ACAGACGUUGAGCGGAGAACAGGAGGAUUUAAAUACCUCUAAGCGGGCGACCUGCUCAGCCCUUCGGGUGUGGGAGGGUGACUGUUUUGUGUCUUUGCUAGACCGGGGGAGCAGGGGGAGGAGGAGGAGGAGGAAGAGGAACGGAUAAUGAGCUAUUCUUGUACCAGCACAGGCAACAGCCAGGACCCAUCGAGCUCUAAGAAGUCCGGCGUCGUUAAUCCCGGUAGUUGCAGCGGCGACGGAGACACCGAUAACGGCAACAACAGCCACAGCAUCCGCGGCGGCAGAGCGAACUCGAACCCCGAUUCAACCGAGGCCAUGAAAGUCAAGAAGGGAUGCAACACGACAGAUGUCGGGGUCCCCGUAACCACAGAGGAAGAGCUGCUCGUGAACAAAACCGUCACCCCCGAGGAUGUGCUGGGAUUGCAGAAGAUCACUGAAAAUUAUCUGUGUAGUCCAGAAGACAAUGUGUACAACAUUGACUUCACGAGGUUCAAGAUCAGGGACAUGGAGACGGGAACGGUCCUCUUUGAGAUCACCAAACCUCCGACCACAGGGGAUAAAAGAGAUGUUGAUCCAAACGCUGGACGGUUUGUACGUUAUCAGUUUACGCCGGCUUUCCUGCGGCUACGACAAGUAGGAGCCACUGUUGAGUUCACAGUAGGGGACAUCCCCAUAAAUAACUUCCGGAUGAUCGAGAGGCACUACUUUCGUGAGCAGCUGUUGAAGAGCUUUGACUUUGAGUUCGGCUUUUGCAUCCCCAGCAGCAAGAAUACAUGCGAGCACAUCUACGAGUUCCCACCGCUCUCAGAGGAUCUCAUCCGUGAGAUGGCCCUGCAUCCCUACGAGACGCAGUCCGACAGCUUCUAUUUCGUGGACAACAAGCUGGUCAUGCACAACAAAGCAGAUUACUCUUACAGCGGCGGCCCUUAAGACAGUAGCUGGGGGACCAAAGCCGAGAGUUUGACUGACAGACCUAAGAACCAAUCACAUGUCUUUGUCCACCAGCCAUUGCCCUCCUCGAGUCAACGUCAUAGACGACUGGGUACAGUGCGUCAAGACUGUUUCACAGAGUCUUACCAUCAUACAUAUGCAUACAUAUUCAACUCUGAUUUCACACUGCCAUUGUUCACAACACAUCAGCAAGUAUUUCUAUUCGUUUAUUUCGUAAUAUGCCCGAACAAGUAAAUUAAAUACAAGUGCAGGUCCGUUUUUGUAUGGGCAAGGUACUGUGAGGUAAUGUGAAUGGUACUUAGGUUUAACGUUCAUUGUUUGUGUGUGCGUGUUUUGAUGACAUUAUUUUGUGUGCGUUUGUUUGUAUGUGUGGGGGAUGCAUUAGAAACAGAUGAAAUCAUUGUGUAUCGCCGAUUCCUUUUCCUUGUGGGAAUAAGCGACAUACCAUCAUGUUUCAUACUUGUGAACUUUUCAUCACACGGUAAAUAGAUGAUUUUAUGGUCAGACCUCGACAAACCGCUGGAUAGAUUUGUGUCGCAUUAGAUAUAUUUUGAUACGUGAACCAAGUCGAAACUUGCUUACUUUUGAGAUGUUGAUAUUUGUGUGGAAUUAAAAAAGCAAAAACGAAUGAGAACGAAGAUCACAAUUGUCGUGGAUGUCAUUUGUAUAGCCCAUGGUGUGCCGUUGAGCACAUGGGAGUCUGGUUUGGUUACAUAAGAAGUUAUACGUCAUUCACACGGUGAACAAAUUUCUGGGCCGAUGAUGUAUUUGUGUGAAAACAUCUAACAGGGAAUGUGGCGCACGUUGCAAGCUUUGACAUCUGAACCGUCUGGAUAGUGUGGUCUCUUUGUAUUCGUAGAAAAAUACUUUGACUUCGUAUAAAGUAAAACCAAGAGGCAUCACCUCUCUUCACCCUUUCUCCCACAUUCCAGUGAUCUCUAGGCUCCUUGUGGAUGUUUAGUACGUACAUAUAGCGGAGAUUAGAUCUAACAUUUUACCCAGGGAUGUGUCGUCACUAUGAUCCUUCUGAAUUCAGGAGAACGGUUCCGGUUUAGUGAACUCGGUGUCUGUUAAAAUGGAUGAAUAACUUGAAAAUGUUUCUAGUCAAAGAUGUAACGGCUUUAUUUAUGAUUUAUUGUAAAUGAUUUUGAGGACAUAACAUGAAAAUAUGUUUUGGACAGUAUGGAAUAAAAGCGAAAUAAAUGUA